AUGUCUAUGUAUCUGUCAACAGCAAAGGUCUUCAACUGUAGUGACCUUGAUCCUCUCCCACAUACUGAGACCCAUUAUCUGGACAUUGACAUUGAGGACAUUACAGAUGACAAGUCUGAGACUUGUAUGGUUUCAGAUGGUCCUUCUGGCUUACAGGCUACUGUGACACUAGACAAGGAGUACUAG